AUGGCCAAUACCAACCUAAUCGUUGCCAUCGUCUUUGCCGGCCUGUUCGGCGCUGCGGUCGUUUGGCUCGCAAUCUACUACCUGCACCGCUAUAUUCAUAUGAAAUGCCUCAAGCUGGCUCACUGGUUCCAUCUUCUAAUAAAGCCCGAACCUGAGGACUAUGGCCACGAGAAGGGCCGUAGCAACGCUGGCUCCUCGUCGCGGUCGAGAUCUAUGAGACGCGGAAGAUCAAAGAGGGAGUAUUCGCAGUCGAGAAGAAGAUGUCAGAAGGGGAGUCCGCAACCAAGAACGAGGGGUUGGACUGAGGAUUUCGAGAGGGAAAUCGAGAGACGUCCGCCUCCGGCUCGUCGUUCUGGACAAGGCUAUUAUCCACCCCGGAUUGGGUGGCAUACGCAAGAACAGGAAAGCAUAGAAUCUAGCUUCGCCGAGCCUAUAGCGCCACCGCCAGUAGCUGGCCCGAAUCCGGCUCCUCAGAUACCUCUUUCCAUGCCGGCACUACGUCCAGGACCAGUCGCAUACGAUUCGCGAUAUAUCCAGCCCUACGUGGAAGAGUACGAAGCCGAAGAGAGGCAGCAAGAGGGACCGGACGAAACAGAGCCCUCCCUGGUGCAACCUGUGCCCGUUAAGAUGGACUACAUGCACAUUUGCGACGAGUACCCGCCAAUGGUGCUCGAAGCCUUGAAGCAACAAGCUCCUUCCAACUCUUCUUCAGAGAGCCUCUCCUCCAGCGAUUCAUCAGGAUCAGUCCAGCAAAUACCGCGAGCCUACAUCCCCCGCUCAGCUCCUCGUGCAGCGUUCCAGUUUCCUCAGUAUCCACACCUGCAGACACGAUUAUGGAAUAGCGGCCCAACGUCGUACCCGAGGCAGUGGAUGGACAAGCUCGGACGGGGUGGAACGGAACCUGUUAGGUAUGCACCAUACACGAGAAUGAGCGGGCGUCGGAAGUUGAGAAACGCGGACAGGCGUCUAGCACCGAUUUCUGAGAUUCCCGGGCCCCCGAUGGGCGAACGACGGAGCGGGCAGCGCGCAGCUCCUCCACGCCGACCGCGGCCUGAGCGACGGCCCGAGCCUCGACAAGACGUGGACUCUGAUCACUCUAGACGGCUGGAAUGCACCCCACCUCAGGAGGAAGGCGAACGAGUGGACGAUUCCGCACCCGAGCCGGAGGAAGCGAACGGAGAGCAGUAUGAACAAGGCGGAGCGACGCCACCGCCAGAAGAAGAGAUGGCGCAAGAGCAGGCCUCGCCCGCACAGGAGCGCUGCCCGGAGCCCGUAAUCAUUGAGCCGGGGGAGUCUCAAUCAGAGCCCGAGAGACAGACGAUUCUGCUCGGCAUGGCUCCCUCAGUGCCUGAAGAAGCGCCAGCCACGGCAGCUCCAGCCUCGCUGAAGCAAGACUCUCCAAUCCAUGCCGUGUCGCCAUCGACGCUUAUAUCGAGCCUCGGUAGGAGCGCGUAUGAUUGCAGCCAUGGCGGUGAAGCUGCGAGUGGGAGCGUUGGCGGGGCGGUUCAAAGCGGUCGGAGCGAAGAGGGUGGAUCUGCUGUCGAAUCCGAAAUUCUGUCGACGCUAGGCUGGGAGACGGAGAGGGAGGAGACGUAG